AAGGUGUCGCGCAGGUUCCGCCCGGGCUCGUCAUUCCGCCGCCCCGGGCCCGGUGCCGCCGCCGCCGCCGCGCUUCCCCCGAGCCGCGGCCUCCGUCCGCUCCCUCCUUUUCGGGGCCGCCGCUCCGCGUCAGGGGCCACCGCGCUCCCGCACCGGCCCGCCGGCAGGCGCCGGUUGUGCCCUCCCCGCCCCUUCCUCCCCUGUCUUCCCCUCACCCCCCCGCCCGCCCGGCCCCUCUCCCGCCGGCCGAGCCCCGGAGCGCCGCCGCCGCCGGGGUGUGAGCGGGGCCCGGCGCCGUGCCGGGCCGUCCCUCGCCGGCGGGGCCAUGGCCGCGAGCGCUAAGCGGAAGCAGGAGGAGAAGCACCUGAAGCUGCUGCGGGAGAUGAGCAGCCUCCCGCCCAACCGCAAGUGCUUCGACUGCGACCAGCGGGGCCCCACCUACACCGACAUGACCGUGGGCAGCUUCGUGUGCACCUCCUGCUCCGGCAUCCUGCGGGGCUUGAAUCCACCCCACAGAGUGAAGUCAAUUUCAAUGACUACGUUCACACAACAGGAAAUAGAAUUUCUGCAGAAACAUGGAAAUGAAGUGUGCAAACAGAUUUGGCUAGGCCUAUUUGAUGAUAGAUCAUCAGCAAUUCCAGAUUUCAGGGAUCCACAAAAAGUAAAGGAAUUUCUACAGGAAAAAUAUGAAAAGAAAAGAUGGUAUGUUCCUCCAGAGCAAGCAAAGGUGGUGGCAUCAGUCCAUGCAUCCAUAUCGGGGUCUUCUGCCAGUAGUACAAGCAGCACACCUGAGGUGAAGCCACUCAAAUCUCUCUUGGGAGAGGCUGCACCUGCACUGCACUUAAACAAGGGCACACCUAGCCAAUCUCCUGUUGUAGUUCGAUCUCAAGGACAGCAGCAACAAGAAAAGAAACAAUUUGACCUCCUCAGUGACCUUGGCUCAGAUAUCUUUGCUGCUGCUCCUCCUCAGUCCAAUGCUACAGCGAAUUUUGCUAAUUUUGCACACUUCAACAGUCAUACAGCGCAGAACUCUGCCAAUGCAGGUUUUGCAAACUUUGAUGCAUUUGGACAGUCUAGUGGCUCGAGUAAUUUUGGAGGUUUCCCCACAGCAAGUCAGUCUCCUUUUCAGCCCCAAAAUACAGCGUUCAGAACGCUUUCAUCUAGCUGCAGUUUUGGUGAAUUUACUUCAGCUUUUCCUCUCCAGGCUGUACACAGUGGAAGUGCUGGAUCAGUGAAUGCUAAUUUUGCUCACUUUGAUAACUUCCCCAAAUCCUCCAGUGCUGAUUUUGGAUCCUUCAAUGCUUCUCAGAGCAACGCCACAGCAACUGCAGCCAGUAAAGCUGCAGUGAAUAAACUGAAUCUUCAGUCAGCUGACAAAUAUGCAGCUCUUGCUAAUUUAGAUAAUAUCUUCAGUGCAGGGCAAGGUGGGAGUGAGCAGGGAAGUGGCUUCAGCACAGCAGUGUCCUCAGCAGGCCCUGCACUGUCAGCCCCCAACCAGUCAAGUGCAUCUUCAGACAAGUACGCGGCACUGGCAGAGCUGGACAGCGUGUUCAGCUCCACGGCCACCUCCAGCAGCGCGUACACUGCCACCAGUAACGUCAGCAGCAAUGCUUUUGGAACAGUACCUGUGGCUGCUACUGCUCAGACACAGCCUGCAUCCUCAAGUGUGCCUGCUCCAUUUGGAGCAACACCUUCCACAAAUCCAUUUGUAGCUGCCCCUGUUGCCCCAGUGGCACCUUCAACAAAUCCAUUCCAGACCAAUAGCCGAGGAGCAACAGCAGCAACAUUUGGUACUGCAUCCAUGAGCAUGCCGGCAGGAUUUGGAACUCCUGCCUCCUACAGUCUUCCUACUAGUUAUAGUGGCAACUUCCAGCAGCCCACGUUCCCAACCCAGGCAGCUUUCCCUCAACAGACUGCUUUUGCUCAACAGCCAAAUGGAGCAGGUUUUGCUACAUUUGGGCAAGCAAAGCCUGUAGUAACUCCUUUUGGACAAGUUGCAGCUGUUGGAGUAUCUAGUAACCCUUUUAUGGCUGGUGCACCAACAGGACAAUUUCCAACAGGAAGCUCAUCAACCAAUCCUUUCUUAUAGCCUUAUAGACACUUUACCCAAAAGAACUCUUAUGUGGUCACAUAACAUCUCUGCGCCUCUUGCACUGUUGUCUUGUUUCACUGAUAUUAGCUUUAAACACAAAAGAAGUCUUUAAGAAGUAAAAAUAAAAGCCUGCAUUGUGUACCUUUAAAAAAUUUCAAAAAGAAAAAAAAACACCCGACACAAAAAACAAGAAAACCAACCCCCCACCAGGUAAUAACGUGCAAAACAGAGGGCUGUGGUAACAUCCUUGAACCUGUGAAGUGGCAGGUAAAAAGUAGCGGUAUCAUGUGUAUUAAAAUUGGCUAAUAAGUUAUUGCAGAUACCACACUCAUUAUGCUGCAGUACUGUACAUAUUUUUCUUAGAAAA